GGCUGUGGCGCCUCCAGCAAUGGUCGUUUGCUGUUGCUGUGCCGCCCAUGUCGAGUCGAGACUGGGAGGAUGAGGAGGCUUUCCACUCUUUGGCCAUGCGGAAGGCCAUUACGAUGCUCAGGAACUAUUUGUACAAGAAGGAGACUUCGAUUCUCAAGUCAUGGUUCAAAUACUUUGACACGAACAUGAAUGGAAUCAUUGAGAAGCAGGAGUUUCUUGAUAGUAUUUCACGGAUGUCGUAUCCUGGUAAUCCAGGGGAAUUCUGGAAUCAACUGGCACUGGCGGAUGCAGAGAGCAUCAGCCUGCGCGAAAUCAAUGAGGACUUGGCCGUUCUCUGGGGGAAAUUUCGGAAGUUCUGCGGGAUCACUUUCUCAGGUCCCAAGGAUCUGUUGGUGCGGCUGGCAGAUCGAAAGGAAUCCGAUGACAUUGAGAGGCGAAAAAGUAUCUCUCUGGCUCAAAAGUUGGCAGGUUCUGGAACUCCACGACUGGGUUUUUCGCCCUUAGUGGUGGAUGCAUCGCAGUGGUGCGAGGGCUUACGUCGUUGUGGAUGGACUGGAGGGCAUGAGGAGAUCAUCUUCGAUGCCUUGGACCGCUACGACGAGGCCUUGCUGGGACAGAGGAAUUUCCAUUGGUUGGAGCCAGAGGUGCGAAGGUACACCUUGAAAUGCGAAGCCAAGCAGAAGGCCACGGCUGACCAGAAGGUGCGCAUGACUGCGAGGAGAAAUCGUCAGAAAGCGCUUCUGGAUUUCAAGGCCUAUUUGACCCAUCACUUUGGGCAGACCUAUUAUGCUUGGCGAAGGGCAUUGGAUAGCGAUGGCACCAUGAACCUCCAGCGCGCAGAGCUCUUCAAGGUCUGUCGCUCCUUAGGAUGGAAAGGUGACGUGCGUCUCCUCUGGCAAGCGCUGGAUGCGGACUCGGCAGGUACCUGUUCACUUCAAGAGCUGGACGCUCGCUGCGCGCGGCAGCUGGCACGCUUUCGACAUUGGGCAGAGGCCAAAUAUGGGCCCAGACCUGCACAUCCAAUGUGGAAGGCGCUGGACCGGCGUGGCAAGUUGCGGCUGAGCCACGAGGUCUUCCAACGUGAGCUGCAACGCUUGGGCAUCAGCCUGUCAGAGAUCGAGGUGGUUGAGAUCAGCAACUGGCUGGACUGGCAAGAGAAGAAUGCGGUGGCCAUGGAAGAUGUGCUCUUCUUUGACACCUGGAAGCCCCCGGCGUAUCUGGUGGCCACCGCGAACCCUGACUCGGCCCAGAAGUUUCGGCAGCUGCUGAAGGAGAAGUAUGGACAUCCUCUGCGAGGCUGGCGGUUGAUGGACAAAGACAAUUCCAAUACCUGCAACUGGUUCGAGUUCUUGACUGCAUGCAAGUCCUUAAACUUCGAAGAUGCUGCUGGUGCCUGGUUGGAGUUUGACAAGGACUUGAGUGGUGCCAUCACUUUGGCCGAGAUUGAUUCAACUGCCAACCAGAUGCUGGUAGAGCUGAAGCAAUGGGCAGACCAGGAGUUCGGCGGUGUACGUGCCGCCUUCCGGGUGCUGGACAAGGACAAGUCAAGUGAACUGACCAUCAAGGAGUUUCGCAUCGCAGUGUCAAUCUUUGGCUUCACGGGGGAUGAAAUCACCCUCUUCAGGUGUUUGGAUGCGGACGGCAAGGGGCUCUUGCAGCUUCAUGAAGUGAAUUUCCUGGAUGAUUGGGAUUUGGGACAGGUGGACACGCCCGUGUGGCGGGACUACGAGCGAAGCGCUUCUCGGAUGUCGCGGCUCUCCACGAAGAGCCGGACGCUGACGCUGCCCACGGGGACCAUGGGGACCAUGGGGACCACGUCCUCGGCGCCAGAGUCCAUGGUGGAAUUCUUCACAGAGGGACCGGGCCCCGGGGCCUACAAUGUUAGGUCCACCUUCGGCGCGAGCUCCAAAAUGCCAACGGCCAGGCAUGGCGGAGCCUUCAAUUUCUGCCGACGACCUGAGGCCGCGUGGCUUGGCAAGUUGAAAUCCGUGGGCCCUCCGGCCACGGGCACCUACGACGAGCCCCGCAAGCGGCCGCCCUCAUGGAGCUUUGGUAGAAGUCCUGCGAGGGCAAGACCAAAGGAACGAGCUCCUGGUCCCGGCUAUUACGAGCAGGCGGCGCACCUCCCUGGACCCAAGUUCACCUUCGGAGCGCGACGCAUGGCGAGGCUACACCCGCUGGCACGACAUGCAGAUUCCAACAGCAAAAGAAUGGUGUACAGCUGCUAGCUAGAAAGGUAUUCAUCCCAUUCAGCAAAGUCUGGGAUGUCCUGAAAGACACCCCGUCAAAGCGGCCAGGGCAUGCCAGGGCCAUUUCAAAGAUGUCAUGGCAAAGCCCAAGAGUGCAAAAUGAAAUGGAUCCCAGCACAGUUGCAGAAUGGUAUGGAUAACGACUUUGUCCAAAAUCUGACACGUAUUUUCCACCGAAAAUCGGCAGGAAAAAACAUCAUUGAAUUACAAUCAAAUGAAAAUGAAAA